CCACCCUCACUGCCUCACCCCUCUGAAACCCCAAUCUCCCCUCCUCCUCCCCAUCCAAGGACCGAUCGAAUCGGUCCGGAUCCACCGAUCCGGACCAGCGCAGGAGGAGCGGAGGGGAGGGGGAGAGGGAGAUGAGCGCGAAGGUGGCCCUGUCGCCGGCGCUGGCGACCGGCCGGUUCUUCACCAUCGGACUCGUCACUGCCUGGUACUCCUCCAACAUCGGCGUGCUCCUCCUCAACAAGUACCUGCUGAGCAACUACGGGUUCAAGUACCCCAUCUUCCUCACCAUGUGCCACAUGACGGCCUGCUCCCUCCUCAGCUACGUCGCCAUCGCUUGGCUCAAGCUUGUGCCCAUGCAGGCCAUCCGCUCCCGCCUCCAGUUCCUCAAGAUCGCGGCGCUCAGCCUCGUCUUCUGCGGGUCGGUGGUCAGCGGGAACGUCUCGCUCCGGUACCUCCCCGUCUCCUUCAACCAGGCGGUCGGCGCCACCACGCCUUUCUUCACGGCCGUGCUUGCUUACCUCAUGACUCUCCGGCGGGAGUCCUGGAUCACGUACAUUACCCUCGUACCAGUCGUCACAGGUGUUAUUAUUGCCAGUGGGGGUGAGCCAAGUUUUCACUUGUUUGGAUUUAUUAUGUGCAUUGGUGCUACCGCUGCUAGGGCACUAAAGUCAGUGCUGCAAGGAAUUUUGAUGUCUUCUGAGGGGGAAAAGCUUAAUUCUAUGAAUCUCCUCCUAUAUAUGGCUCCGAUAGCAGUAAUUUUCCUACUUCCUACAACACUCAUAAUGGAGGAUAAUGUAGUUGGCAUCACAUUGGCACUCGCGAAAGAGGACUUCAAGGUUAUCUGGUACCUCCUGUUCAAUUCCGCUUUGGCGUAUUUCGUGAACUUGACCAAUUUCCUGGUCACAAAACAUACCAGUGCUUUGACCCUGCAGGUGCUUGGGAAUGCCAAAGGAGCAGUGGCCGUGGUCAUCUCAAUUUUGAUAUUUAGGAACCCAGUAUCUUUUACAGGGAUGGCUGGCUACACCCUUACAGUCGUCGGCGUCAUUCUUUACAGUGAAUCUAAAAAGCUCAGCAAAUAGGGUGUUUCAGCAACACAUCUCAAAUUAAUGUUUAUUUUUAUUUCUUUGAAAUCUUCGGUAGGUUCCGUCAGAGAUUUUGUUGUAUACUUUGAAUCGGGAGGUGGCGUCCGUUCUCCCUCAUUUACUGUAAGAAUCAUUUACACUCGACUAUUUUUUUUUAUUGUUCAAAUUUUCUUGUUUUAGUGUAAUGAAUCAAAUAUAUUUUAUGAACA